UUCGCUUACCAAGAUGUUGAAGAUUGCUCUGGGCAAUGGCCAAGAGGUCCGCCAGUCGGACUGUGCGAAAGCAGUAUUAGCAGAACUCAUAUUGACUUUCUUGUUUGUGUUUGCAGGGGUUGGAUCUGCCAUGGCAACGGACAAGCUGGCGUUUGAAGGGUCCUCGCUACUAGGCUUAACAGUGGUGGCCUUGACCCAUGCUUUUGUAGUCUAUGCAAUGAUUUCUGCGGGUUUUAACAUCUCAGGAGGACACCUCAACCCGGCGGUCACAUUGGGCUUAGCAGUAGGAGGCCACAUCACCAUUUUCAGGUCGGUUCUCUACUGGAUUGCACAGUGCCUGGGCUCUGCAAUUGCCUGCUACUUGCUCGUUUUUCUCACUGGUGGCAUGGUAACACCUGUGCACGCAUUGGCAUCGGGCGUGACAUACUUCCAAGGGGUGAUAUGGGAGAUUGUGUUGACAUUCUCAUUGCUCUUCACAGUGUACGCAACGGCAGUGGAUCCAAAGAAGGGAAGUGUGGGGCCUACUGCACCACUGUGUAUAGGAUUGGUAGUGUUUGCCAAUAUUAUUGCAGGAGGGCCCUUCUCAGGGGCUUCCAUGAAUCCUGCUCGCUCAUUUGGUCCUGCUUUGGCCAGUGGAGAUUGGAAAGAGCAUUGGGUUUACUGGGUCGGCCCUCUCAUCGGUGGUGGCCUCUCUGGUUUUGUGUACGAGAGUGUCUUUGUCACUGAGAACUAUGUUUCCAUAGUCCCUGAUAUGGAGGGGUCGUUGAUUCAGUAGGUUAUUAAGGAAGUG